CUGGUGGCACUGACUGGCAGCACUGCUGGGCUGCACUGGUGGGUGGCACUGGUGGGCAGCACUGGUGGGUGGGCACAGGUGGGUGGCACUGGUGGACACAGGUGGGUGGGCACAGGUGAGUGGCACUGCUGGGCACAGGUAGAGUGGCACAGGUGGGUGCACUGCUGGGCACAGGUGGGUGCACUGCUGGGCACAGGUGGGUGAUCUGCUGGGCACAGGUGGGCG